AUGCUGGUGAAACGCACAGACAUCACGCGCCGGCAUCAUGCACCACCAUCACGCGCAGGCAUCACGCACCACGGUCACGCGCAGGCAUCACGCACCACCAUCACGCGCAGGCAUCACGCGCAGGCAUCACGCACCACCAUCACGCGCAGGCAUCACGCACCACCAUCACGCGCAGGCAUCACGCACCACGGUCACGCGCAGGCNACCAUCACGCACCACCACCACGCAUCACCAUCACGCACCACCAUCAAGCACCACCAUCACGCACCACCACCACGCAUCACCAUCACGCACCACCAUCAAGCACCACCAUCACGCACCACCACCACGCAUCACCAUCACGCACCACCAUCAAGCACCACCAUCACGCACCACCACCACGCAUCACCAUCACGCACCACCAUCAAGCACCACCAUCACGCACCACCACCACGCAUCACCAUCACGCACCACCAUCAAGCACCACCAUCACGCACCACCACCACGCAUCACCAUCACGCACCACCAUCAAGCACCACCAUCACGCACCACCAUCACGCACCACCAUCACGCACCACCAUCACGCACCACCAUCACGCACCAGCAUCACGCACCAUCAUCACGCAGAAGAGUAUCACGUUACAAGAAGAGCGGCGUUAUGCUGCCGGCAAUACACUAAGCUCACGGCAUAAUUAG